AACAAAUACUUAAAAUGAUUUUUCAGUUUUCGUAUAAAUUGUGUAAAGAAUACGGACCUAUUAAAUAUACCAUAACGGAUAAAGUGCGUAGUAUUAUACGACAUUUUUAUGUUUUAGCAACAUUGUAUGAAAGGAACAAAUGUAACAUUACUCCUUUAAAAAAAGCUUUGGAUGAUUCUUUGUCGUUGCAGGAUAUUUAUACAAAAUAUCCAAAUCAACAAUGGGUAACUCUACCUUUUGCAGGAAAAGCAACAUUAAGAAAGCAGGGAGAUUUUUUUAAGAAUUCGAAACAUGUCGCACAGGAAUCAUCAAUCUUAUUAUUUCCCGGUCAAGGAUCGCAGUAUCCAGGAAUGGCGAACAAUUUAAUAAAAUUUCCAAUGGCUAAGGAUUUGUUUGAACUUUCUAAUUAUGUAUUAGGAUACGAUUUGUUACAAUUAUGUACAGAAGGCCCAAAAGAAAUGCUAGAUCAGACUAAAUACUGCCAACCUGCGGUGAUGGUUUGUUCUUUAGCAGCAAUUGAGAAACUUAAAGAAGAGAGACCUAAUGCUAUAGCAAAUUGUGUUGCUACUGCCGGUUUUAGUUUGGGGGAAAUUACAGCCCUAAUUUUUGCUGGAGCAUUAUGCUUUGAAGAAGGUAAGACCACGUUUAAAAAGAAGUAUGCAGGGUGGUUCUAG